CGUUAGCCUCCUGUUAAUCUCCAUCUCAGAUCGAAAUUUCUCCCUUUUCCGGUCACUGCCCCGGCUUUCGAUCAUAGCGAUCUGAGCUAAAGUUCGGCUGUGUUCUAAAAUUCGUUGUUGGAGGGGUUCCACGGAUAUGGCUGCCGCGGAAUCGCAUAUGGUUUUAGGUUAUUAUUGAUUGAGGUAGAUAUGGAUGUGGAGGGUUUGCUCAACUCUUCGCUCUCUUUGAAUCGAUUGGGUUGUUAGAUCUUACACAGAUUGCAAAGGCUGGAGAUUUGAAUAAAACCUACAUGUUAUCGGGUUCACAGUACGGGUAUGUUUAGGCUCGAGGGAUCAUGCUAUCUCUGCGAACCAUUCGCAGAUUCUGCCAUUCUUCCUCCUCUGUAGCCCUGGGUAUUGCAUCGAGCUCUCGUGUUUCAUCUGAGUCCAAUCAGAUCCAACCGCUCGAGGAGCCUGCCCUCGUCAAGCUUAAAUCUGAGCGAGACCCUGAGAAGCUAUUCAAGCUCUUUCAAGCUAAUGCCACUAACCGUUUGGUGAUUGAAAAUCGAUUUGCUUUUGAAGAUACGGUUUCUAGAUUAGCUGCUGCACGUCGGCUUGACUUCAUCGAGCUUCUGCUUGAGCAUCAGAAGACACUUCCACAAGGUAGGCGUGAGGGUUUCAUUGUUAGGAUCAUUAUCUUGUAUGGCAAGGCUGGAAUGACCAAGCAAGCCCUUGAUACUUUCUACAAUAUGGAUUUACACGGCUGCAAAAGAACUGUUAAGUCCUUCAAUGCCGCUCUUCAAGUCUUGUCUUUCAAGCCUGACCUACACACCAUCCGGGACUUCCUUCGCGACGCCCCUUCAAACUAUGGCAUUGACAUUGAUGCAGUUUCUUUUAACAUUGCCAUUAAAUCUUUCUGCGACCUGGGCAUACUUGACGGGGCCUAUAUGGCUAUGCGGCAGAUGGAGAAAUCAGGGUUACAACCAGAUGUUGUUACAUAUACCACACUUAUAUCUGCGUUUUACAAGCACGAGAGGUGUGUGAUUGGAAAUGGAUUGUGGAACCUUAUGGUCCUCAAGGGCUGUAAGCCUAAUCUCACCACUUUUAAUGUUAGGAUUCAGUUCUUAGUUAAUAGGAGACGAGCUUGGGAUGCAAAUGAUCUGUUGCUUUUGAUGCCAAGACUCCAUGUGGAACCGGACAACAUAACAUAUAACAUGGUUAUCAAAGGGUUUUUCCUUGCGAGGUUUCCUGAGAUGGCCGAAAGGGUUUAUACAGCGAUGCAUGGUAAGGGGUACAAACCCAAUUUGAAGAUCUACCAGACGAUGAUUCACUAUUUGUGCAAGGCUGGAAAUUUUGAUUUGGCUUAUACGAUGUGCAAGGAUUGUAUGAGAAAGAAGUGGUACCCAAACUUGGACACAGUUGAGAUGCUGCUCAAUGGGCUUGUGAAAAAGGGCCAGCUUGAUCAGGCUAAGUUGAUCAUGACGUUAGUUCACAAACGAGUCCCUCCUUUCAGGUCAAAACAGUUGGUCUCCCUUAAGUCCAUUUUGUAAUGUUUACAUGGUAUGGAACAAAUUUGCUACAUCAGACGGCCAAAGGAUUCUUUAUUUCUUUCUCCUGAGUUUCUUUUGUAUAGCUGUGGGGGAACUGGAAAUUGGAUGUAGCCCCAUAUGAGGAGACACAUAUAGUCUCCUGAUCGGAUUCAGCUCUAUGUUGUUCCAUGAUAAUAGAGGCCAGGGUGAUUUGGAAACUCCAAUGGAUACCCAAUGGAGAGAAAAAUGGCAUACAUAAAGUAGUGACCAUGUGCGGGAGGAACAGAUAGGAUCGUUGGGCUGAUGAGACAAACGCUUCGGUUAAGCAACGAUCCCUGGGGAGAGCGGUUAAGUUGUCAGUUUCUUCCAGCCAAAGUAAAAGGCAUAAAACGUAAACAUAGGCGAUGAUACCCCAACGUUCAUAGCUUUUCCUGCUAUAGCAACGAAUGUAAACAACAGAGAAGAGAAGAGGGACAACCAGCAAUGAAUUUAUUUUUUAAUUGUUUAUGGAAUAAAAUACCCAUUUUAUUUGUUUGUAGAAACUUUUGAUCAUACAAAACUAGUAAAGGAAACAUAUUUAUUUGUCUGCUGGA